AUUCGACCGCCCCCAAUCAGCGGCAUCCAGUGGAGAGGCGGCCAAUCAAAAGCACUGGUGGGCGGUGCAGCCCAGCCAGUUCGAUUUGGCGGUUCGACUCCAACAUGGCUGAGGCUAAAGUCCCCAAUGAAGCAGCGGGUGAGGUAAAGCCUAACGGGCCAUCUCCGGAAUCCGUGCCACCAGGCACUGCUGUUUCGCGGGUGAAGCUCCUCGACACCAUGGUGGAUACUUUUCUUCAAAAGCUGAUCGCCGCCGGGAGCUACCAGAGGUUCACUGACUGUUACAAACACUUCCACCAGCUGCAGCCUGAGAUGACCCAGCGGAUCUAUGACAAGUUUGUCACUCAGUUACAGGCAUCCAUCCGGGAGGAAAUCUCAGAAAUUAAGGAGGAAGGGAACCUAGAAACUGUCUUAAUGUCCUUGGAUAAAAUUGUGGAAGAUGGCAAAAAGCGCAAAGAGCCCGCCUGGCGCCCCAGUGGGACCCCAGAGAAAGACCUGUGCAGCGUCCUGGCACCCUACUUCCUGCAGCAGCGGGACACCCUCCGGCGUCAUGUGCAGAAGCAGGAGGCCAAGAACCAGGAGCUGGCCGAGGCCGUCCUGGCAGGGCGCAGACAAGUGGAGGAGCUGCAGCGGCAGGUGCAGGCUCGGCAGCAGGCCUGGCAGGCUCUGCACAGAGAGCGCCGGGAGCUGGCAGCCGUGCUGAAGGAGCCUGAGUGAGGGUGCACAGCAGGCCCUGGAGCAGAGCAGAGGGCAGUCAAGGUCAAGGCCAUGGCCAGCAUGCUGGGUCCUAACCCUGAGGACAGGCGAAAUGGUGCCAAUCCCAGCGCAGCAAGAGAGGA